UUAGUACGCAGCUUUGACGCUCAAGGUGUUUUUUGCGCAUUGCAUUGAGCACAUUGGCAAGAUGGCAGCCACCAUCGGGAGACUUCUUGGGACUUCUGCAGGAAGAGUUGCAGUCAAUGGACUGAAAGCUUUGGUCCCUCACAAUGGAGCAUCAGUGAUCAGGGCUCCAAAACCCCUUGCUUGCAUUGCUGCACAAAAAGCUUGCUUCUCAAUCAGCGCUGCUAGAUGGGCCCCAGCAGUCACUCAGCCAGCCCCUCACUUCAAAGGCACUGCUGUUCUCAAUGGAGAGUUCAAGGAGAUCAGCCUAGAAGAUUUCAAGGGCAAAUACCUGGUCCUUUUCUUUUACCCACUAGAUUUCACAUUUGUUUGCCCCACAGAGAUCAUCGCCUUCAGUGACAAGGCCAAUGAGUUUCAUGAUAUAAACUGUGAAGUAGUUGGUGUGUCUGUGGACUCUCACUUUACCCACCUGGCCUGGACCAACACCCCGAGAAAGAGUGGAGGAUUAGGGAAAAUCCACAUACCCCUGUUGGCUGACCUCACAAAGCAAGUGUCCAGGGACUAUGGGGUCCUGCUGGAGGGUCCUGGAAUUGCACUAAGGGGUCUUUUCAUUAUUGAUCCUAAUGGAGUGAUUCGACACAUGAGUGUAAACGACUUGCCAGUUGGACGCUCUGUUGAGGAAACCCUCCGCCUGGUCAAGGCCUUCCAGUUUGUGGAAACCCAUGGUGAAGUCUGUCCUGCCAGCUGGACCCCAAAGGCGCCCACAAUUAAGCCAAAUCCAGCUGGCUCGAAGGAAUACUUUGAGAAGGUCAACUGAAAACUCAAAACCACUGGUACUGACAGAUCAUGCAGAUCUUAGCACUUAAAUGAAACAAGUCCAUAAUUCAUAUCCAAAAGAAAUAUACAUAUUUAUAGACUUCAUGUAUCAGUAUGUAGGCAGUUAUUAGGGAGCAGAAUCUGUUUUGAUUUAUGUAUUUGUUACGCUGUCCAAAUAAAAACUGCACUGUUAUGGAUUUGUCUCUUUGCUAUAGCAGAUGCUUUCUGUCCAAAGUGCUUCACUCUCCAACACAAGCAAAGAAUUUUUGACAUUUUGAUUAAAGAUUGUGAGGUCAAAUAAUUUGUAAGCACAACAGCUUAAAAAUUUGCCUUUGUACUAAAGAGGUCAAACUACUAAAGCUUGAUUCUUAAUCAAGAUUGUCUUCAUAUUACAAGUUAUUUUGACAAACACACUUAUGUUAAAGAAAGAUGAAGCUGCCAUCACACCAUUUGUUUAUUCUACUGAAAAGUGCAAUCAAUUACAUACUGAUUUGGUGUAAUUCUUAUAGUUCCCAUCAAAUACUCAGCUGUCCUUGGGCAGAAAUUUUAAUUAUGACAACUUUCAACCUCCAUCUAUAAACCAUGCCUACAUAACCUCAAAAACAAUGUUUAUUUAUUUUUUCUCCUUUAUUCAGCAAGUUAAUAUGCUUAAAAUGUCUCUUUAGACUUCACAUGGAAUAUGACAUGAAGAACCAGAAAU